UGUCAUAAAGUGUUACUAAUUGCAGUUUUUAUAUACUCAGUCGUCUAUGUAACGAUUUUUAAAAAUAUUAUGCUAUAAAGUAACAGAAGUUAAAUAUAAAUAGUUCUCAUUGUUCACAAAAAUGGUAGUUGGAGCUUUUCCUAUUGCAAAGCUAUCUGUGCUACUAAUUAAACAGAUCAGUAAACCUAUUGCAAAUAUGUGUAAAGAAAGAGCCAAAAAUAGUCCUUUUUUCAGGACUUAUGUUUGUAUGCCGCCAGCCCAAUUUUAUAACUGGUGUGAAGUAAAAGCAAAAAUGUGGAUUUUGAAUUUAGGAAAACCUGUCAAUAUACCAGUACUCAGCCAGGAAAUGGCAAUCGAACUGGGGGCAAAUCUUCUUGGUGAAACUGUAAUUUUCGUUAUUGGUGCUGGUCUUUUAAUUGUUGAAUAUAAUAGGCAAGGCAAUAAGGAGACAGCAAAGGAGGAAAAACGUGAACAAGAAAUGAAGCAUAUACUUGGAACUAUUACUGAUCUUUUCUUCACAGUUCAACAGCAACAAACACAAUUGAGGGAGUUGGAAAGAAUCAUACAAUCAAUGGAUGUCAAAAAACCACCUUCUCCACAACAACCACCAGCACCAACAUCGCCACCUAAAGGACCCACUAUUAAAGAACCACAGAGUGUAUCAAACACACCACAACUGCAAAACAUUAACUAUGAUAGGUACUAUGUUCCCCGCACACCUUACCCUGACAAAGGUAUUAUUCUGCAAUCACUCAAUUAUAUACAAAUGGAUGUUUUUAGUUCCCUUUUCAAAGCUCCUGAAACAGAAAAGGAACCAGAGCCUGAAACACCUACAAAUCAUAAAAGAGAACCAGCAGUUUUGUCACAAGCUUUGUACAACAUUGAGAACAACUUUAGAAGUUUAUUUUAAAGUAGUUUUCAUUUUUAUUGUUUGUGAUAUGUAUAAUUUAUUGCUUAUUUAUUUUUAGUGGUUAAAGUUUGUAGGCACUUUUCUCCGGGGUUCCAAUAAAGGGAAAUAUCCAUAAGCAUUAAAUCAAUGUAAGGAAAGUUUAAUGUUGAAAUGUGUUUUAUUACUGUCUUGUUAAAAUUGAAGUUUUUUGUUACCCUACUGCAUAGCUUAUUGUAAGAAUAGCAAGUGUAGAUGUUAUAAUAUAUAGCACUAAUUAUAUUGCUAUUUAGAAGUAGAUAAAUAAA